AUGCACGAGUUAAUAAUUGAUUUACCAUUGACGCUGUAUACUGAAACAGUGGUUGAGGUAAAUCUUAUGACUGAAAAUACAUUACAAGAAGAAAUAAAGCGUCACAACGUGCUGUACUAUCAAAAAAAUAAGCCAGAAAUCACCGAUGCAGAAUAUGAUGAGCUGGCGAAAAAAGCAGGUAUUCAAACUGUUGGUUCUGCGCCUGACGAUAGGUUUUCCAAGGUACAGCAUAUUGUGCCCAUGCUCUCGUUAAACAAAGUUUACAGCCAAGAAGACAUUGAAGAAUUUAUAGCUAAGUCCAGAGAACUCCUAAAUACAGAUGAGCUGAAGAUAAUGUGCGAGCUGAAAAUUGAUGGCUUAAGUUUCACUGCAAUUUAUGAGGAUGGUAUGUUCAUUAAAGGUUUAACUCGAGGUGAUGGCCAUUACGGUGAAGAUGUAACAAAAAAUGUUGCGACUAUAGCAGGAUUGCCUAAAGUUUUACCUGAUGUAAAGGGCAGAUUGGAAGUUAGGGGCGAAGUCUAUAUAAGAAAUGAUGACUUUUUAAAAUUAAAUAAAGACAACGAAUUUUCAAAUCCACGCAACACAGCGUCAGGUUCAUUAAGGCAAUUGGACCUAGAAGUUACCGCUAGUAGACCACUUAGGUAUUUCGCAUAUUCUUUAAUUGGUGGAACAGAAAAUACCCAGUCUGAAGUAUUAAAUAAACUGAAAAAGCUUGGAUUCUGUGUAAAUGAGCAUCAAUGCUUAGCAAAGAAUGUGGACGAAAUGCUGAAGUUUUAUAACAGAAUCUAUGAUAAUCGCCAUGAAUUAGGUUAUGAUGUCGAUGGGGUAGUCUAUAAAAUCAAUAAUUUACAGCUACAAGAUCGUCUAGGUAACACAAAUAAAGCUCCUAGAUGGGCCAUAGCUCACAAAUUUCCUGCAGCUCAUGGAAAAACUAAAAUAGAGAAGAUAUCGGUACAGGUAGGCAGAACGGGCCAAUUAACACCAGUUGCUCAAUUAGCUCCGAUAAAUAUAGGCGGGGUUAUUGUUACAAGGGCAAAUUUGCAUAACAAGGAUGAAAUUGAACGUAAGGACAUAAGAGAAGGAGACGUCGUAGUAGUAGCUCGAGCAGGCGAUGUAAUUCCUAAAAUUAUCGAUGUUGAUAAAAGUGUCCGUUCUCGAAACGCACCAAAAUUUGUAUUUCCGAAUACUUGUCCCGAGUGCAAUAGUGAUCUUGAUGACUGGGAAAGAUGUACUGGAGAAAACUUUUGCCCAGCACAGCGAAUAGGAAAGUUAAAAUAUUUUGUGGAAGUUCUUGACAUUAAAGGUUUUGGCGGUAAACAAGUGGAGUUCUUUUAUGACCUUGGUUUGAUAAGGAAAAUAUCUGACAUUUUUGCUCUCGAAGAAAAACUAAAAAAUUUCAACUUAAGCAAGCUAAAGGGAUGGAAUAAACAAUCAAUAUCUAAUCUAUUGAAUUCUCUCAAUAGCAGAAAAACUAUAACUCUUGAAAAAUUCAUAUCUUCUUUGGCAAUCAGGUUUGUCGGACCGAGUGUAGCAAAAAUAAUAGCCAAACACUAUAUAUUCUAUGAGAGUUGGUAUGAGGCUAUAUCCUAUGACAGCAAAGCUCCUGAUAAAUUAAUGAGCAUAAACGGUGUGGGCGAAAAUACUACAUAUUCCUUGGAGGAAUUUUUCUCUGAUGAGGAUAAUAUUGAAAUGGUAAAUGACCUUGCUGCUCAGUUAAAUAUUCUGCCUGUGGUUGCUAAUACUAGUAAUUCCAUUUUUAAUGGCAAAACAGUAGUUUUUACUGGAAAACUUUCAAAAACAGAAAGAAAUGAAGCGCAAGUAAAAGUAGAAUCUUUAGGUGCCAUAAUAAGCUCAAGUGUGUCAAGUAAAACAGACUUUUUGGUUGUCGGCGAAAAACCUGGGUCAAAGUAUCACAAAGCUUUAGAACUAGAUGUUAAAAUUUUAACUAAGGAGGAAUUUUACAAAUUAAUUCUGAAAGAAAAAACGUAA